UAAAUCAGCUUUUGGAAACAUCCAGAGAUCCCGUCCAAAGUUACUUAAACCAGAACCAAACUGGAUUUUCAUGAUCCGCUUUAUGAAACGGGGCCGGGGUUAGGGUCGCCUCGCCUGUAGAGACACUGCGCAUGCGCAAACAUAAUCAACUGAUUUAUAGAAACCGAAAGUAACAAGUAUCCUUCAUUUCUGGACUCCAUUUUGUGGCGCAGACUUCAGCAGUCGGUCCGAUGGACGUUCCUCCAGAUGUGGAGGAGGACAGAGCCGGGCCUGUGGGGUCCAGCUGUCUGUCUCUGAAAAGUCAUCGGUCCAGAGGAGAUCCUCCAAACUUUAGUAAUGAUCCUGAUCCCUCUGGGUCAAAAGGUCAAAGCCACAUACAAACAUCAGCAGCUUCAUCAUUCAGCUGUGUGUCUCUGAAGUCUAGAGAACCACCUCUGGCCUUUAACCAAAACCCUGGAUCUUCUGAAACAAAAGGGAGGAAGAGGAGUGGUGAUUACGUGGAGGAGCAGCCGUCCUGCUGUGCUUUGUGCCAGCAUGGCUUAAAGGAUCCGGUCUCUACCUGUUGUGGGCACUGGUUCUGCAAACAGUGCAUCACCUCAUAUACAGGCUCCUUUUCUUCAGUAGGACACUCCUCUUGUCCCCAGUGUGGGAAAAGAUCUAGAAGCCUAACUGGUCAGCAGAUGGUGACUCAGAGAAGUGCUUUCAGUGCUCCCUGUUUGGACAACAGGUUUUCUAGAAACAAGAGCUCAUUCAUCCAAAGUAGGAUGAAUUCUGGCUAUUUAGCAGAUGUUGGACUGCAGCAGGUUCUAAAGGAACAUAAGAUCAGUCUGAGGAGGAGAUGUGAAUGUGUAAUUGAAGGAAGUGAUGAAACAGGAAGUAGAACCCUCCUCAACAGGAUCUACACUGAUCUCUACAUCACAGAGGGACAGAGUGAAGAGAUUAAUACACAACCUGAGGUGAAGCAGCUGGAGAGAGGUUCCAUGAUCCAGAACCUCCAUGACUCUCCAAUCAGGUGCCAUGACAUCUUUAAAUCCUUCCCUGACCAACAUGGAGCCAUCAGAGUGGUUCUGACCAACGGCGUCGCUGGUGUUGGAAAAACCUUCUCAGUGCAGAAGUUCACUCUGGACUGGGCAGAGGGCUUGGAGAACCAAGAUGUCAGUGUGGUGGUUCUGCUUUCAUUCAGGGAACUGAACUUGAUCAGAGAUGAGCAGCACAGUCUUCUCACGCUGCUCCAUGUUUUCCAUCCAACACUCCAGAAGCUCCCAGCAGAGCAGCUGGCUGUCUGCAAACUUCUCUUCAUCUUUGAUGGCUUGGAUGAAAGCAGACUUUCACUGGACUUCAACAACAGUCCGCUGGUUUCUGACGUCACACAGAAGUCAUCAGUCAAUGUUCUGCUGACAAACCUCAUCAAGGGGAACCUGCUUCCCUCGGCUCUCAUCUGGAUAACUUCCAGACCUGCAGCAGCCAAUCAGAUCCCUCCUUCAUUUGUUGCCAGGGUAACAGAAGUACGAGGCUUCACUGACUCCCAGAAGGAGGAGUAUUUCAGGAAGAGGUUCAGUGAUGAAGAGCUGUCCAGCAGAAUCAUCUCCCACAUCAAGACCUCCAGGAGCCUCCACAUCAUGUGUGGAAUCCCAGUCUUCUGCUGGAUCACUGCUACAGUUCUGGAGAACAUGUUGACCUCAGAGCAGAGAGGAGAGCUGCCCAAAACCAUGACUGACAUGUACUCACACUUCCUGCUGGUCCAGACAAAGAGGAAGAAGAACAAGUACCAAGAAGGAUGUGAGACAUGUGACAGCAAAGUUCUUCUGAAGCUGGGAAGGCUGGCGUUUGAACAUCUGCAGAAAGGAAACAUCAUGUUCUACCAAGAAGACCUGGAGCAGUGUGGUCUGGAUGUCACAGAGGCCUCAGUGUACUCAGGAGUUUGUACAGAGAUCUUCAAAAGAGAGAGUGUGAUCUUCCAGAAACCAAUCUACUCCUUUGUUCAUCUGACCGUUCAAGAGUUUCUGGCUGCAGUCUACUUGCUUUACUGUUUUAACAAGAAGAACACAGGAGUGUUGAAGAGAUUUUUGGGUAGAAAGUACAGUUACUCAUCUGUGGAUGACUCUGCUGAUAAACAUGUGUUUAAAUCUCUAAGACAUAAAAUUAUACCCUUAAACAAAGUUGAAAGUUACUCAUCUUUGGAUCACUUUCUAAAACGAGUCAUGGAGAAAUCCCACAAAAGUAAAAAUGGCCACCUGGAUCUGCUGGUUCGCUUCCUUCAUGGUCUCUCCAUAGAGUCCAAUCAGAAACUCCUAGAAGGUUUUCUUGGGCAGACAGAGUACAGCCCUGAAACUGUGCAGAAAGUAAUCAAUAAUCUAAAGGAGAUCAGUGUGUACCUGCGUGAGACCAACAUUUCUGGCAUUCGACAGAAGAUGAGGCGAUCUAAUCUCUGUCCAGACAGAAACAUUAACAUCUUUCAUUGUCUGAUGGAGAUGAAGGACAUCUCAGUUAAUCGGGAGAUUCAAGAGUUCAUGAAAUCAAACAACAGAUCAGAGCAGAAACUCUCAGAAAUCCAGUGCUCAGGUCUGGCCUACAAGCAGGAGAUGUCAGAGGAAGUUCUAGAUGAACUGGACCUUACAAAAUACAACACAACAAAGGAGGGACGGUGGAGACUCUUUCCUGUUGUGAGGAACUGCAGAAAAUUCCGAGUUGUUCGCUGUGAACUCUCAAAGCCUCACUGUGAAGUUGUGGCUUCGGCUCUGAAAUCCAACCCGUCACAUCUGAGAAGUUUGGACCUGAGCUGGAACAGAAUAUUUGAUUCUGGAGUGGUUCAUCUGUGUGCCGGGCUGGAGAGUCCAAACUGUAGACUAGAAGUCCUGAGACUGAUAAACUGCAGGUUGUCGGAGAUCAGCUGGGUUUCCCUGAUCUCUGCUCUGAAAUCCAACCCUUCAUAUCUGAUUGAAGUGGAUCUCAGUGAGAACAAAGACCUGAGAGAUGCUGCAGUGAAACAGCUCUGUGACCUUCUGAAGCAUGCACACUGCAGACUAAAUACUCUGAGGUUGAUCAGCUGCAGUUUGUCAGAGAUCAGCUGUUCUUCUCUGGCCUCAGCUCUGACCUUUAACCCCUCACAUCUGACUGAACUGAACCUGAGAGGAAACAACCUGAAGGUUUCAGAUGUUCAGCAGCUGAAGAGUUUUGUAAAGAAUGUAAAGUUCUGAAAACGUUUCCAUGAAGAUGAACUGAGAUCAACGUUGUUCACGUUUAACGUCUCAUGUGAAGCUGUCGGUUCAUUUUUAUCUCUUUUUCUAUAACAUGUAUUUUCUUUUCAAGCUAGACUUAAA